GUAAAGAAAAUUUUGUGUACAAUAAAUAACGAUUUGAUUCUCUCUCUCUGGCUACCUCUUUGUAACAAAGUCUUUUUUGACUUUCUCUCUCUAUUAAAAACCAAAGCCUAAAUAAACCCAAUUCAUUGAGGGAGAGCCUCCCUAUUCGCCACCUCUAUCAGUGUUUCUUUCGCAUGCUCAUCUCUCCUCCUUCAAACCCAAGGACUCUCUCUCAUUUCCCCUCCUCCCUUAUAAAUCUCUUUUUCUCUCUGUAUUUCUAUGUUAUAAUUCCUUCUCCUAGCAAACUCAAAGAACAACAACAACGACACAUCAAAGCAAAGCAAAGAAAUCACGUAGAAGCAAAGAAUCAAAACACCAACAGCUUUAUCCAAUGGCAGUUGAAGCUCGGCAUAUGAAUCUUUUCCCUCCUCAGUUAAUCACCAACAGCGAUUUUAUCAAAACCAAUCAAGGGAGUGGCAAUAUAUACAAUACUCAGAUGGAUUCUUGUGUUCCUUUGGUCGAUGCAAUGCAAGAAGCUUCACAGCUUUUUCCAUUGUAUCAAUCCCUUGUUUGUGAUCCAACUUCAGCCAAGACUUCAAUCAACAAAGCUGACAGUGGGCUUACCUAUAAUAUUCCAGUUUCAGCCCCAAGAAAAAGGCCUAGAGAUUCAUUCAUCAAUGGCUUUGAUUCAUACCCAGUGUCUCAAAAGAACAAAAUUUCCGGUGUUUCCUCUGUUCUUGAUGACGAUAUCCUCUCCCAGAUCCAACAACAACAACAAGAGAUUGACCGCUUCAUUGCUGAACAUACAGAAAAAGUCAGGUUAGAACUUGAAGAAAGAAGGAAGAGGCAAUCAAGAAUGUUGAUAACAGCAAUCCAAGAAGGGGUUAUGAAGAAACUGAAGGAAAAAGAUGAAGAGAUACAAAGAAUGGGGAAACUGAACUGGGUUCUUCAAGAAAGGGUGAAAAGUCUAUACGUAGAGAACCAACUCUGGAGGGACUUGGCACAAACAAAUGAAGCCACAGCCAAUUCCCUACGCACCAAUUUAGAGCAAGUCCUGGCGCAUGUGAGCGAGGAACGCCAUGUGAGCGGGGGAGCAGCCGCGUUGGCUGAUGAUGCAGAGUCUAGUUGCGGCAGCAGUGAUGAAGGGUGGCGCAAGGUGGUGCCACCACAACCACGAGGGCGUGGUGGUGGUCUGCAAGAUAAGGCGGUGGUUGGGCAUAAUAGGAAGUGCAGAAAGUGUGGGGAGAAAGAGUCAAGUGUGCUGUUGCUGCCAUGCAGGCAUCUUUGUCUGUGUACAAUGUGUGGGUCCACCCUGGUAGGAACUUGCCCUGUUUGUGAUUCUGUUACCAAUGCCAGUGUUCAUGUUAACAUGUCCUAAAAUUUUUUUUUUCAUUUUUUUAGAGUACUUAGUGAAACAAAACAGAAAAAGAAAAAGAAAUGCAAAUAUCUUUUUAGAAACGGAUCAUAGAAAAUUUUUUCGUUAUGAGUAUCUGUUCCAUCUCAAUGUUUAUC